AUCUUCUCGCGCAUGUCAUUUAAUGACAAUAUGUCCUGUCAAAGAGAAAAGAGAUUUUUAACAAUUUAAGACGUCAAAACACAGCCAUGGAUAAGAUCUUUAAAUCAAUUCAUUCAAACCGGCCGGCAUUAUAUAGAACUUUAACCAGUGAGCAAUGCAUGCAGACAUCAAAUAAUGUAAAGCGUUGUGUACCUGCUGCUAACAGAAUGUUAUUAGCACAAGAACAUUCAACGGCUUUCUCUACUGGUGUCAGGCACUUGCAUAGUAGCAGUACACCAAUUUGUGUAUUAUCUACCAAACAUAGGCCUAUUAUAUCGAACCAGCAAAGGCGCAACAUGUUUAUUCAAACACAAGAUACACCAAAUCCAAAUAGUUUGAAAUUUAUUCCCGGAGUACCUGUAUUGGGAGAAGGACGCACAAAAGAUUUUCCAAGCGCUAAAGAUGCCUUCUGCUCUCCACUUGCAAAAAUGUUAUUUCGCGUAGAAGGAGUGAAAGCAGUAUUUUUUGGACCCGAUUUCAUCACAAUUACAAAACUUGACGAGGAUGUGGAAUGGAAGUUGUUGAAACCUGAGGUAUUCGCUAACAUCAUGGAUUUCUUCGCGAGUGGGUUACCAAUCAUGGAUGAAACCUCUCAACCUGCUGCAGAUACACAAAUUAAUGCAGAGGAUGAUGAGAUUGUUCAGAUGAUAAAAGAAUUAUUGGAUACACGAAUACGCCCCACAGUACAAGAAGAUGGUGGGGACAUUGUAUUCAUGGGAUUUGAGGAAGGUGUCGUAAAACUGAAAAUGCAAGGUUCCUGUACCAAUUGUCCGAGCUCAGUGGUAACACUAAGGAAUGGUGUGCAAAAUAUGAUGCAAUUUUAUAUACCCGAAGUACUUGGAGUUAUUCAAGUGGAGGAUGAAGCGGAUAAAAUCACUGAAAAGGAAUUCCAGAAAUUAGAGCAAAAUAUUAAUAAAAAGGAAGCAAAAGACAAAUAGGUCGUCGAUGUAGACGACAGUGGAGAUUUGUACGUCCACUGUCUUGUAAAAUUUUAUACAUUAUAAAUGUAUGUUGCUUAAGAUAUGUAUAAAUAUAAAAUAGCGUUGAAAA